AUGACAACUCCACGAGAACUCCACGACAGAGACUUUUUCAAAUUUGUGGAGAACGAGGAAUACUUCGUUGAGGACUUUGGCGAUGGCGAAAUCUUUUAUAACCGAGUCGCGUUAAAAAAUGACAGUGAAAUGGGUGUCAUCAAAAUCACAUUGUCCACUGAAAACACUCAAGAACAAAUCAAUGAGAUGAUUGAGAGACUUAAAGCACUUAUAGGAGUACCGGGGAUAUUACCUAUAGUCGAAUCAACAUUUGGGAUUUGUGAUAACUUACUUCAAAUAUGGAUAUUGGUCAACCCAUUCAUCCCUAUCAAAUUCGAAGACUACUGUUCCCGUGAAAUGUCACGAGAAGACGAAAUGACCUUUCUGUCCGCUAAUUUGUUUGACAUUGCAAGUUCGUUGGAGACUAACACAUUUCCUUUGGCGCUAAAUAAGUCAUCUCUGAUAUUAUCAAGAGACCCCGCGUCUCCAUUUCCUAAACUCUACUUGUCACCAGUCGCAUAUUUAUUACCAUUUGUUGAUGCGGAAAUAGAAAUGAAUACAUUACCCAUUUUUGCUGACUUCAUUCAGAUGAUUUG